GCCUCUCCUCUCUCGUUGCCGUGCGUGUGUGGUGCGCGCCGCUGUUGCUGCCGCCGCCGCCUCCUCCCUCUGCCUCCUAUCUGCAUCUGCUGCAGAGCUUUAGCCAACACGCAUCUGUGCUCUGUCUUGUUUUUCCCGCUAUCUUUCUGCUUUUGCCCACCACAAUUGUCGCUUUCUUCCUCUUUUUUUCCUCUUCUCUUCUCUUGCUGAUAAGGGAGUCAGAGCACACCUACAGCCGUGGAGUCUACGGGGAAAGAUGGGGCACUGACUAUUCGUCACUUUGGAGUAUUGAGGACGGCGAUGAACCGGAGGAGAGCGCCGGAUGGGAUAGGAGCCGUGAAACCCACAUCAUUCACCGCGGAUUGAGCAAGCCUCCCCUCCCCUUCCUCCUCUCUCCCCUCACUCUCUGUCUCUCCCUAGUCUGCAGCCUCCAAGAACAGCCGCCGCAUCAUUUUUUCAGAGCAGCAGUACCCCCCUCCUCCCUCUCUCUCUCUUCCCCAUCCUCUUUUCUACCCGUCUCCCUUUCUGCUGCUUGCACCACUGUGGGAAUGCAGCGAAGGUAAACGAAUCGUAAGGGGUUCCUGUUUUUUUCUUCUUCUUCUUUCUCUUCUCUCUCCUCCACCAAACACCGGAUCUAUUAUCCCAGGGACGGACUGCAGUCAGACUGCUCUGGAGACACGCCGCUGUCAUUCCGGGAAAUCAGCGCGGGGUGGUCAGCGUAUGGAUUAGACCAGGAUCAAUUGGAUUUAGCCCGCUUCUCAGGGCACCACCAACAGCAACACCGCCCCAGUCUCAUUGGCAGAUCACAUCAGAUCCCCUUCAGCCCUGCCUCGUUUCAGUUUCGGUGGCUUUCACCGGCUUGGAUUAUCGACAGCUGGAGCGACCGAAAGGGUGGCCGUUCCUAAGGGCUGUGAGGGGCAAAGUUGGAGCAGCCUACAAAGACAUUGCAAGUGGGAAAGGGAGCCCAUUAGUAGGCUGCACAUAAGCUACAGGCUCUAAUGUAAAGUAAACUCCGAUGAGACCCAAGAGUAGAGUGAUUUGAAGAAUUUGUCUUUUGCCGACCUUAUUCGGCCGAUAAUCAUCCAGCUGAGUGGAGAAGGGUGCUGCCUUUAGCCCAGGUUGUUGGUCUGCGCACGAACACACACGCGUAUGGAUUUACAGCUCCAAUCUGAAGCUCGCCACGCAACGGAUCGAUAUCUUUCGGUUUUUUGCGUCGGCUUUUUAACAAGGGAGUGAAGCAUCCUGGGAUUUAUCAUCGCUUCGUUAGCGCUAAACUACAUACCUUAAAAGAGACAAAAAAAAACCUCCAGCAGGAUGAGCGAUCGUUCUGGUGCAAGUACUCUAGCAGCCAUGACGCUGGAGGAACCAGGGGCAGAACAGGCAUCUCCUCGAGCCCCAGGCCCUCUCCGCUGUGGCCCCUGUGCCGUGUGGCCUCGCCAGCAGACCUGGCUCUGUGCCGUGCCCCUAGUCAUGGGCUUUGUGGGACUGGGACUCAGUCUUAUGCUGCUAAAAUGGAUUGUGGUGGGAUCCGUCCAAGACUAUGUCCCCACUGAUCUAGUGGAUCCUAAAGGUAGCAUUGGACAGGAUCCUAUAUUUCUCUCUAAACCCAGUGCCAUGCCCAAGGGGCCUGACAUUUCCACUGCCACCAGUACUUUAGCAGCCUCUACGACAGCAAUGGUGUCAACUACCACGCCACUAGCUGCAGACGGUACCGCCCCAGCGCCAAGAACUAGAUCAGGGCCUCCAGCUAAUCACUCGGCCAAUGGCAGCACUGCCAAUGGAGAUGGCAACAGUGCCCCACACCUUCAUAACCGUGCUGGCACCCGCGUUAGCGGGACUGUUACCACUUCUGCUACUCGUGCCACCCGACUCACUCCACCAUCCAGCGGUAGGGAGGUCACCCCUCGAAGUAAUGUGAGAAAGGGAAACAGCAAUGGACGUAAUGGAGCUGUCAACUCCAAGCCAGGGCAGACUUCUCCUACCGUCACCACUACCACAUCUGUUACAACUACAGCUACACUGAAGGCCACUGCUAAGGUACAGCCGACCACCUCUCAACCGCCAGCCCCUGUCAAGCCCACGUCACGCUGGAAUCAUGGACGCCCAGGCAAGGGCCCGGCCACACGCCCACACCACCGCUUCCGGACGCCGCUCGCCCCAACACAUCCCAGCCUUCGUUCGGAGGUCUUCAAGCCAUGUGUGGAAGACAAGGACCUAGCCUUUUGUCUGAACGAGGGAGAGUGUUCGAUCAUUGAAACCGUGGCUGGGGUUCACAGACACUGCAGGUGUAAAGAGGGCUACCAUGGACUACGCUGUGACCAGUUUGUUCCCAAGACAGAUGCUAUCUUGUCAGAUCCAACGGAUGAACUUGGGAUCGAGUUCAUGGAGAGUGGUGACACCUACCAGAGGCAGGUGCUGUCCAUCUUCAGCAUUGCCUCGGGGAUCUGUCUUCUUGGAGUGGCAUGUAUGGCUCUCUACCGCCACAACAAGAGACACAGGGAGAAACUCCAGGCUCAUUUCUCCGACAGCCGCAGCCUCAGAGACUGUACCGUCAAUGCCUCCGGCCUCAUGUCCAAAUCUACCCCCAGACUUCAAUACAGCCUUCAGCUCCAAAAGAGUUGCACUUCUCACGGAUCGUCUGUUAAGGGCGGCAAAGUGGCACCAGGGGCAUCAACAGUAGCUCCACCUAUUCUCAGCAAAGCACUGUCUAAAGGGAAACGCUUCAGGAGUAGUUCGCUCUCACUCAGCCCAGCCCUACAACGGAGAGAGACUAAUUACUUCAGGACUCCACCCAUUUCCAGAGGGAAACACAAAAUACCCACAAAUCUUAUUGACGGAUCCAGAGUGGCGGGGCAUGUCUACAAACACUUGCAGGAGGAUGAGUCAUCGGACAUGGAGUCCAUAAGAAGGUGUGAUUCUGCCGGCGGAAGGGUCGGCGCCCUCCUGAGCAGGACCUCACUCUCUCACUUCACAGCCAGGAAAGGAUGGACUGAGGUUCCCUGCACCCGCCUCGAUAAAGGUACGACCUUCCUGCCACCCUCCCUCCGCACCCGAUCUGUGCCCAUCAUCCCUUCGCUCCAAGCGUGUGACCUUGAGGCCGGCCACCCGGUCACGAGUGACCGGAACCAAGCGGGGCUCUUCAAGUGGCACCCCGUGCUGGCUGGAAAGACGGGCCUUCCCGUUAGCAAUCCUCCCUCUCCCCCUGAAAGCGUCAUGCUGGCGACCAGUGUCAUGCCCAGCAGCGUUAGCCCCCCCGCCGCCGCCGCUUCUCUCCUGGGGUUGGAGAAGAAUCUCGGCUCUCCUCAAACACCCUGCUCCUUUGAAAUUACAGUGGAACUCGCGCAGGAGUUAAAACAGAAAAGCCUUUGCAGCCCCAUGAAAAGGUCUGGGUCUCACAGUGAGAUCCACCACGGUGGCACAAACACUCUUGAGAAGACGGCACGGGAGUCAGAGGGGAAAAGUGUCCAGUAUUCCCCCAGAGUUCUGCACACAGGCAGCGGGACCAGAGGAUGGAAGGCAGCAGGCCAAAGAGGAACCCGGGGACAGUGCCAAGGUCAGACAUCUCUUGUGUACGGAGGAGCAGACUUGGCCACCAAAGGACCCAUCUGCAGAGGAAUUGGAAACACUUAUGCCAAGCCCUCUGCGAGCUGAUUGGAUUAACUCUGUAAAGAGAAGACACCGUUUCCAAUAAAUGUAUACCUUUGCUGGUGGCUCAGUAUGGCUAGCAGGUGGGACCAUCUGUGUGGCCACAUGGACCAAUAACAGAUGGCCAUCAGUUUUCGAAAGAACACGAACAGAUUGAAUUCCCGAGGGGGGAAAAAAUAUUGACACAAAAGACAUCGAAUUACAAAAGGAAAAGAGACAAACAAACACACAUUGUGAAUAAAUGUGACUCAAAAGGAAAACAAAACCAUGACUUGAGUGGGAGCUUGACUUAAACAGUGUAUUGAAAAAAAUGCCACUAUUACAAGGAGCUUCUACUUAGAAACCAAAAUAGUGUGUUAUCUCUAUGU